AUGUCGAUCCCUCUGAGUCACUUAUAUAUAAUAGAAAAAUUGCCAUUACCUGUAACUAAACAUUACUUAAUCAUCAAGAAUAUUUUUCUCCCCGGCUCUGCGCGAGAUUUAACUGGAAUGCUUGGAGGUGUCUUGUUCACUUGUUACCAGGGUUCUAAUUUAGACAGUAAUGCUAAAAUGUGGCGUUUGGUGGCAGAUCUCAUGAAUGAUCUCGGAAUGUUGAUGGAUCUUGUGUCUCCUUUAUUUCCAUCAGCCUUUGUGUUCAUCGUCUGCAUAGGGAGUUUAUCAAGGUCAUUCACUGGUGUUGCUAGUGGAGCCACUAGAGCAGCUUUGACGCAGCACUUUGCCCUUGAAAACAAUGCGGCAGAUAUAGCUGCAAAGGAAGGAAGCCAAGAAACUCUUGCUACGAUGAUUGGGAUGGCUUUAGGAAUGUUUCUUGCACGCAUCACAAUUGGCCACUCAUUUGCCAUUUGGAUAUCCUUUUUGUCUCUUACUAUGUUCCAUAUGUAUGCAAACUACAAGGCUGUCUGUUGUCUUUCGCUGAAUACUCUGAACUGUGAAAGAUGCUCCAUUGUUUUAUCACAUUUCCUCAAGACAGGCCAGGUUCUCUCUCCAAAGCAGGUCUCCUCCAUGGAGCAUGUUCUACCUUUAUGGAUGAGCUCAUGGAGCUUAAAGGGCGGUGACUCUCUAUACAAGCAAGUACAUUUAGGUAUCAGAGUUUCUUCGCUUGACAGCCUUGCUAUGGUCAACCUCUUACAAUCUGCUAAAUCGCAUUACAAGAAAGAGAAGUAUUUACUUCAACAAAAAAGCGGUAUUAUCAGGAUUAUCACUCAUAAGGAUUCAACGGCAGCUGAUAUAUUGCAAUCGUUCAUCCAUGCUCUUGUCAUGGCAAAACUAAGUGAUCAAGAUAGAUCCAUGUCUUCCGAAAGCCAAUCAUGGAUGGAUAAACAUUAUGAAGUCUUUGUUUUGAAGCUUCAGUCAUCAGGAUGGAAGACUGAACGGCUGCUAUCAUCAUCAGUUGUUUGGAGAGCAAAUUGGCUGGUAAAUUAUUCAGAGGGCAAGCAAGACUAGAAUGCUUUAAUACGGACUGAAAGUCAUCUAGUUUUGGUCAGAUGAAACUUUUGGAACUAAAAGUUGCUUAUUUAAAAAUAGAUGUGCUUUCAAGUUCCGACUUGGGGGGAUUUCAAGUCAUCAUUCGGUAUGUCUUGGAUCCUUCAAUGGUCAUUGAGAAGGUAAACCUUAAAAAGAGAAGAGUAUACUUGGUAAGAGGAGUUAUUUAGUUAUGUGUCAAAUAUCAGAACCAGUCAGUUUAGCCUGGCUUACAUGCUGUGUCCAAAGGAUAGCAUUUGAUUCAUGGUUUCCAAGAUCUUGGAGAAACUCUUGUUUACUGUAAUUUUAAGAAGGUGCUGGCUAUUCUUGAGAACAAAGUUGUACUUUAUGGCAUUAUUUGAGAAGCCUGAGUGGAGAUACCAUUGAGGUGUGCCCCAACAAAUGGAAGAGUUUGGUUUAUUCAGAAGGAAUUGGCAUUUGCAAUAAAAUGCUCUCAAUACA